UUGUUUACUGCACAAUCAUGUGGCCAUUAACAUUAAUUUAUUCACAAACAAACAAUACUAACACAGUUUGUACAUAACCAAUUAUUCUUCAUUCCUUUCCUAUUAGUAAAUCCAAAGCUUCUUUCUUCUUGUUCUUGUUUUCUUUAUUUAAAAUAAAACAAUUUAAUGUGCCUUUGUCUCCCCCUUACCCCUCCUUCAACCUACCUUCCCUCAAUUCCUGCCCCUUAUGUCCCAUUUCCAGUUAUACAUUUUCCUUUUUUUGGUAAAGUAUUCCACUUAACAAUACUUUCAAAUCUCUCUUUGUCUUUUCUUUCUUGUUUCUUUCUCUUAGUAGGUUUAUGGAUGUCUUCAGCCGAAAGUCUAUCGAAAACAGCUUCUCUGUCCUUCUAGGCUAGGGGUAAGGUUACGUACAUCUCACCCUUUCCAUACUCCACUUGUGAGAAAAUACUGAGAUUGUUGUUGUUGUUGUUGUUUGGAGUAAGAAUUAUAAAAUUCCGAAAAAAAACUGAAAAAAAGUUUCAAGUUAAAAAUGACAUUUAAAAAUUAGUUAUGUUUGGACAUAAUAUACAAUUUGGAGCUGUUUUUUGAAUUUUUAUGAGUGCUUUAAAGUGAAAAUUCUAAAAACCAACUUUAUGGAGUUUUUCAAAUUAUGUAAAAUUUCGAAAUUCAACUUCAAGUGAAAUUUGAGAUUUUCAUGGCCAAAUAUUGAUUACGGAAAAGUGAAAAUCUUUUAUGGCCAAACGGGGCCUUAUAUUCAUUCUCUUUUUCACUAAACCUCAUCUCCUAAAACCCACUAUAUAUGAAAACAAUUCUUGAAAAUCAAAUCAAAAUCAUAAUCUUUUUUUUCUUUUUAAUUAUUGCAUUCUUCUUCAGAGAGAAGAGCGAGAGAUGGGCAUAAUUUUCAAUGUUCAUUUUCUUUUGCCUUCUCUCUGGCUCCUCUUCUUCUUCUUCUUGAACACUGCUCAAACUAUUACCUAUGCACAAAGUGCUCAAACCCCAUUUUCUUCUAUACCAUUUUUAACAACCCCACCACCCCCUCUACCACCCCCACCACCCACCCCAUAUAGAUCUAGAGAAUCACCAUUUAGACCAAGCAUAGCAGUAGUUGUAGCAAUUCUCACAACAAUUUUUUCCAUCACAUUUUUAUUACUCUUAUAUGCAAAACAUUGUAAGAGGGGCCCAUUCGGAACCACCACCACCACUGCCGCCUACGGCGGAGGAGUUCCGCCACGGUCAAGCUUUCGGAAAAACUCUGGCAUUGACCGUACAGUGAUUGAAUCUUUACCCGUUUUUAGAUUCGGGUCUCUUAGGGGGCCUAAAGCAGAAGCUUUAGAAUGUGCUGUUUGCUUGAACAAAUUCGAAAACAGUGAAAUCUUACGGUUAUUACCCAAAUGCAAACACGCAUUUCACGUUGAGUGUGUGGAUACUUGGCUUGAUGCACAUUCCACGUGUCCUCUUUGUCGUUACCAAGUUGACCCAGAAGAUAUUCUUCUUAUCUCACAUGAAAAUAAUGGUCCCCAAUUAGAGAGAAAAUCUUUUCCAAAUUCCACGUCAUCAUCGCCGGCGAAAGAAAACAAGAGGAUUUAUUCGUCAGGAAGACAUUCUUCCGCCGGGGAAAGAGGAAGUUCGUCGUUGCAAAUAAUAGUGGAAACUCCAAAAGAGGAAAAUGGUGGAAUGCCGUCGUUUUUGAAUAAAAGAAUGUCGUUGGACAGUUGGAAUUUUUACAAGAAACAAUGUAAGUCCACUAACUCAAUAUCAUCAACGAGAAAAGAUGCGAUGUUACUGCCGGCGCCGGGAAAAAAUAAACACCGUAUAGAUGCGGCGAAAGCGGCGGAGGAUGUAGCGGAGCAACGACGGCUGGAACACCGGAUAAUAAUUUCUGGUGAUGAGUCAGAGGACAGGUCAGCAAGUGGGACCCAAUAUAGAUGGAGUGACGUGGAAGCUUGUGAUAUGUUGUUUUUACGGUCGGAGAUGAUAUUAAGCGAGAGCCGUAGAUAUUCAGGAUCGAGAAAAUGGACGGCUGACAUUGAAAGAAGAAACUGUAAUAGCGGGAGUGGCAGAGGUGUAAUAAAUGAGAGAAGUGUGUCGGAAAUGACAGGUAUGAGUAGGUUUAGGAGCAAUGAAGAGGAAAGAGGAAGACAAUUAGAGAGACAACGACAAAGAAGAAGAGCAGUAACGAGGUGGUUGGAUUGGAUUUCACAAUCACAAUCUGUGCCUUUGCCAGCUGCAGCUUCUUCUACUUCUUCUGCAACUUGAUAUAUAGUUUUAAGUUUUUUUUAGGCAACUUUUAUGAAAUAGACAAAAGAAAUGAUGAUGGUCAUAUUUGUAAUAGUUUAGUGUACUUUAGUUUUGUAGUUUGAUGAGACUAUACAUUGAUUUAUUAGAAAGUGAAAAGUGGUAGUAGUAAAAGUAGUAACACAAGUUUUGAACUUU